CAGGUCUCGGGCCCUCAGGCGGAGCGGCGGGCGCCGGACCCCCAGGAGGAGCGACAGGUCUCGGGCCCUCAGGCGGAGCGGCGGGCGCCGGACCCCCAGGUGGAGCGACAGGUCUCGGGCCCUCAGGCGGAGCGGCGGGCGCCGGACCCCCAGGAGGAGCGACAGGUCUCGGGCCCCCAGGCGGAGCGGCGGGCACCGAGACACCCAGGCACGACAGUGGGCUCCGAGUCAACUGGUAUGACCGCAGGCACUGGGUCAGACAUUGGAUGGUCUGGCUGGACAGCGGGCAUCGGGUCACCAGGGCAUCAGGUCAUUUGGCUCGACAGCGGGCACCGCGUCAUCUGGCAAGGCAGUGGGCUCCGAGUCAACUGGUAUGACCGCGGGCACUGGGUCAGACAUUGGAUCGUCUGGCUGGACAGCAGGCAUCGGGUCACCAGGCAUCAGGUCAUUUGGCUCGAC